AUGGCCACCCAGCAGGCCAGGGGGCCUCAGGGCUCAGCCCCCUCCCCACAGAAGUCCCCCACGGGGGUGGUGGCACCCCAGAGUGGUACUGAGGAGCCGCACGUGACCCGGAAGAGAAGCCAGAGGGUGAAGGGUCUGCAGGAGGGGCCUGGGCCAGACGCAGAUGUAUCUGGGGUGCAGAGACCCGGGCAGCAGGUGGAGGCCUCAGGGGCCAGCAAGAAGCCCUUGGGGACAGAGGGGCAGGGGUCAGGGCCUCGGCGCCCCCACCGCCAUCAGCCUGGCCUUCAGCAAGACUCUGCCCAGAAGGCCUAUGGGCCCCUGCUCCACCGCCUCUUCGGGAAGGACCGUGAGCUGGGCCCCCAGGAGCUGGCCGAGUUGCAGGCGGCCUUCGAGGAGUUUGACACUGACCGGGACGGCUACAUCGGCUACCGGGAGCUGGGCACCUGCAUGCGGACGCUGGGCUACAUGCCCACCGAGAUGGAGCUCCUAGAGGUCUCCCAGCACGUCAAGAUGCGCAUGGGGGGCCGUGUGGACCUGGAGGAGUUUGUGGAGCUGAUGAGCCCGAAGCUGAGGGAAGAGACAGCACAUAUGCUGGGAGUGCGGGAGCUGCGGAGCGCCUUCCGAGAGUUUGACAGGGACAGGGAUGGACUCAUCACGGUGGCUGAGCUGCGGCAAGCAGUGCCCGCUCUGCUGGGAGAGCCGUUGGCAGGUCCUGAGCUGGAUGAGAUGCUGCGGGAGGUGGACCUCAACGGGGAUGGCACAGUGGACUUCGACGAGUUUGUGAUGAUGCUUUUCAGCCCCUGA